CUACCCCUGGCUGUAAUUGCCCGGGAGUUUCCUAUUCUACCCUUCAAGCCAGAUUCUGGGCAACGUUCAGCCAGAAGGCAUCUCUUGUCAAACGUCUCGGUGGAGCUUUGCUGUGUUGGUUUGACUUCCACGAAUUCCCCCCCCCCCCCGGAGCAUCUUUGCUACGCAACUCUCACGCGCUGCAUUGCGAGGAUUAUGGGGCGUCUUCUGGAGUGUGCGGUGCCAGGCGCGUUGGGUCUUGCUGGAGAGAACAUGCCCAAGAAUGCACCUGGUGCACCCUGACCAUUAUCGGGGAAGAUCGGGAAGUCCGGGGAGAAAUGCUGAACAAGACGUGGGUCGUUUCUGCUCCAGGGAAAGUUAUACUUCACGGCGAACAUGCUGUUGUGCACGGCAAGGUCGCUUUGGCGGUGGCUUUGAACUUGAGAACGUUCCUUCGGAUGACCCUUCGAGACGAUGGGAAAGUCCAGAUGCAGCUACCAAAUAUCGGGACCAGGUUAUGUUGGCAAACGUCUGAACUCCGGCCAUUGCUAGCAGCUUUUCCCGCCGACCGGCCGGAGUCUCAGGCCCCAAGCCCAGAGCAAGUGGAGAAGCUGAAAGCGUUUGCAGGCCUUGCUGACGGAGCUGCAGGAGUACACAGCAUCGCAACUGUGGCGUUUCUCUACUUGUACCUGUCCAUCGCGUCCAAAGGAGGGGUCCUGCCGAGCAUGGACGUCUUGGUGUGGUCGGAGUUGCCCACGGGGGCCGGCCUCGGCUCCAGCGCGGCUUAUUCGGUCUGCCUGGCUGGGGCCUUGCUGUCUGGGUGCGGAGUCAUCGCUUACCCUCUGAGGGAGGGCCAGUCCCUAGCAAGGUGGACUGAAGAGGAGUUGGACGUAAUCAACAGCUGGGCCUUCCGAGGAGAGCAGGUUAUCCACGGAAACCCGUCUGGCGUGGAUAAUGCUGUGGGCACCUGGGGCGGAGCGUUGCGGUACCAGUCGGGGAAAAUCACGCCGUUGAAAAAAGUUCCCAUGUUAAGGAUUUUAUUAACCAACACCAAAGUUCCACGGAGCACCAAGAUCUUGGUUGCAGGAGUAAAAGACAAACUAUUGAAGUUUCCUGCCAUAAUGGAGCCGGUGCUUACGUCGAUAGACGCCAUUUCUCAGGAGUGUGAAGGCGUCCUUGAAGCCAUGGCUGAACGCCCCUCACAGGAACACUACCCCGUAUUGGAGGAACUCAUGGACAUUAACCAGCAUCACCUGAAUGUGAUUGGGGUCGGUCAUUCCUCGCUGGACCGAGUCUGCCAGGUCACCGCCACGCACGGGCUGCACAGCAAACUGACCGGUGCCGGCGGAGGAGGCUGUGCCAUCACUUUGCUACGGCCAGACACGGCUCCUUCUGUGGUAGCAGCCGCCAUCCAGGACCUCGGCACCUGUGGGUUUGAGUGCUGGGAGACGGACAUCGGAGCCCCGGGGAUACGUGCGCAUUCGCCGCCUUCCCUGAAAGCGGAAGUCUUGAAGGUUUUCAGCGGGAUGUAAAAGUGGCGACGAAGACUCCUCCUUGUCCUGCUCCUUCGGAGAACCGGUUCCCGGCCUUGUGAUUCUGGCCCCUCCUCGGUCCUCGCCUGGAGUGGAUUCAGUGUUCUCCGUGCUCUCUUGCACACAAUUAUGGGCCCUCUGUCGAUUUGGGGAUGGGGUUUAUUCCACCUCCGGGCCCCUGGGGUGUAGUUCAGGAAUGCUGACAGGGGCCCGUGGGUGAAAGGAAUGGCGUUACUCUCCCCUUGUGUUGCGCGGGUUGAGCGGAGCCUGGCUUACGCAGCUUGAAGGGUUCUCACUGGGUGUUAAAGUGGACAGUCUCUUCUCAGGCUAACUCCAGUAGUAAACUCCUUUUCUACACUGUUUACACCUUUUACAGGUCACUGCUGCUUUGCCCUCAAGCUGAGAAGAUCGUGGUUCUCUCGUAUUCCCUUGCACCGAAGGUGGAACGAAAUGUGGGGUUGGGGGACACCAGUCACCCCCAAAUGCCACUGUAAAGCAGCAGGGGGUGGAAUAAGUGGGUUUUUGCAAGGGGCAAACAGCAGUUGUGGGGUUCGUGGUUUAAUAAUCCACCUGCCACUCCUGCCUAGCAGUUCUUCCCCACAAAGGUGUCUCCUCAACUGGCAGGGGAAGCGUUAAGCUUCCUUGGCCUGGACUAUUGCCUUCCGCUCUCCAAAUCACACAGGCCCUGUUCAGAAGACACCUUAAACCACGGCUUUAACCACGGCGAAUAAAGCAAAAAGCCAUAUUCACCGUGGUUUAAGGUGUCUUAUUUGAAUUUUCAGUAAUUUUAUUAUUUUCUACAGAAAGCUGUAGAUUUCCCACGUGUGGAUUUUCCUCACGUGGGAAAGCAUGACAAAGGUUUACAUAACAUCACACCUAAUAAAAAAGAAAACACAUAUACAUAAGGCCAUAAGCCAUUUGAAGCAAUCCAUUCUGAACAGGGCCACGCUCUCCUCGCUACUUUUCAGCUGGUCAGGGGCCCUUGACCCCCCGGGGUGGCCUCCAGUUCUUUCGGCCUACAACUCCCAUGAUGCCUCACCAUUGGCUAUGCCGUCCAGGGCCCUUCAAAGGUGUUACCCUACAAGUUGCCUGCCCCUGCUUUAUCCCACGUGUACAACCAAGCUCUUUGAGAAAAGAGUGGAGGAGGCUGGCGUUGCCGAGGUCACUCUCCGCAAUGGUUUAUGCCCUGGUGGGCCUAAGUACUCCUCUCUCUCUCUCUUUCUGUCUGUCUGUCUGUCUGUUCCAGACCUGCCAGAUUUUCCUUUCCUUUCUGUUCUUCUUUGUCGUAUUUAUUUUUUGCUAUGUGUCCUGUGGGAUGCUUCAAAGAACUGCUGGAUUUCAGUUCUGCUGGAAAUUCAGUACAAAGAUAUAUUCUGACUGCAUAUAUAACCUGUGUAUAUAAGGGCAGCUUUGGCAAUACGUCUGGCAGGGCAAACUGCUGAAUUUAAAUGCUGUGAUGAAGAGGGAAUUUUACCAGGUGCUGCAUGCAGGGCCAGGCAAAGCUGGUCGUAGGCCCGGGCCAAAUGGGAAAUGUAGUCCCCAUUUCAAACUGCUCAUUAAGUAUUUUUUUAAUCAGUUCUAAAUACAUAUGAACUAGAACAAUUUAUAAAAAAGGUAAUGGCAAGUACUUUUAUUCAAGAUGGAUAUAAGACAUCACUUCUUCACAUUCAGAAAUGCUUUACGUGCUUUUCUUUGGGCAAAUUCAUCGUCAACAACAGAAAAAAUCAAGCAACUUUGCCCAGGGGGACUCGGAGUAGCCCCCCUCAAAAUCAUAGGCCCAUGCUGACACCCCACCCACCCCACCACGUCCAGCCCUAGCUACAUGCAUACAAAUGACACCUGUUGAGAUUCCCUUUUCAAUACAACGGUUAAAGAUACAGGAGCCCAGUCCUCCUCUCCAUAGGGUCACCCUACUUUUUACUGAACCUCCCCCCACAAAAAAAAAAAUACUGCUGUAAGCCACCUUAUGCCCUGAAAGGCAUCCAAGAAACAUUUAAAAUAAAUACUUAAAAAAAAUGUUUGCAGUAAUGCUGCUUUGAGAUGAUUCUACAUGUGAGAAGCCAUGUAGAAUCACCUUGCUACCCCACCUGAAACUAAUUACAGCCCUCCCAGAGCAGGUAGGAGCUGGCUGGCAGGUGCAGCUAAUGAGCCCGAGCAACAACAGACAAAAUGUCCGAACAGAGGAAAGACCCAGGAGAGGGAAGAGGAAGGAGGUGACACGCAGGGGCCGUGACUGUGAAGCCGGACAACAUACAGGCAAGGUUUCUAAUGGACAUGGGGGUGGGAGCCCUUCGAAAAAGCAUUUGCCGCUAUUUUCCCAGCUAGGCUCUUUAGAAGCCUAGCUGGGGAAACCGUUCAGUUUCCUCGAAGAACUGAGAGAGACUCAGAGGCAUUAUUGGUAGCAGAUUAUCACGCUACCCAUAAAAGGUGCCCUAAAAAAUAAUUUCAAAGAAAUAAGUGGUUUGGAGUCAAAAAAAAAUGGGACCUCUUAUGUCUGUUAGUUCCAGGGCCCUGUACACCAGGGCUCCCAAGUUUUAAUCUGUUUAAUGCGUAGAUGAAUCAACCGGAGUUUUAGUUGCUUGAUUUGUGUGGGCAGCAAAUCAAUGGGGAAAUGAAGUUGAGAAGGGCGC